CAGCUGUUAUUAGGAUUAUUGGUGACUCCAUGGAGCACCACCGGUGUGGAUAGCACUGCCAGGCUGCGCGUAGAGGGUCCAGCAUGGCACCAUUCGACGGACACCAAGCGGAGGAAGGGGACUCACAGAACCAGGAGGACUCAGAGUGUCCCGUGUGUUAUGAUAGUCUAUCCGGCAUGGAGAGGACCCUGAGCUGCGGACACGUUUUCUGCCACGACUGUCUGGUCAAAACCUUGGUCAGUAUCAACAGGGACGGCGUCAUCAGAGAUACCAUCAUCUGUCCCGUCUGCCGACACCUGACUUUCAUCAAGAAGCAACAGGAGGUCGGGGUUCCUCUCGCCCCGGGGAAAGAGGCAGAGGAAGUAGGCGGGCAGACCUUGAAGGUCCCUGUCCCUGUCCCUCCACCAGCACCUAGUAACCCACCACAUCCCCAUGGCGCAAGACGCGCGUCAAGGCAAAGUAGCUCACCGUCUGAUUCAAGUGGACUAAACUGGAUUGUGCGACGCUUUAGGUGGAUUUCAGUGAGAUGCAGGAGUCGACGGACGCUAUCACUGAUCAGUCCCGACCACAGAAACUCUCAGAUUUUCAUAAUCAGUGCCCAGGGCCGACCCAUGGCUGAUGAAGAUGCGGUUAGCAUGGACACUAUGCCUGUUGUCCCCCAACCCAACCGCAGGAGACGGCGCAUCAGGAUUUGCACAACGGCACGUUGCUUGGUCAUUCUGCUUGUGAUAUUCACAUUGAUGGCAAUGGUAGCUGCCACACUUCCUUGGAUUCUAUUGGCAUAGCCCACUAAGCCCAGAGCCAUAUGGCUCUAGCAUAGCUAUGCGUGGUGCGUCAUUACGCACUACCUGAUAGAUUACCUAUGGCUUGUUAUUGUAUGGUCUAAUUUUCUCUUCACUCAUGCUCUCAUAAAGACUAUUUAUUGCACUUAAUUAAUUGAAACAUGUCACUUUGUCCAUUCUGUCAUUAUAUAUGGUAGUGCCAUAUAGUUUGAACUGGUACGGUGCCUUCCUUUUAUGCCUGAUUGUCCUCAAUGCCCUGGACAGGAUCUAAUAAAGUCACUGAAUGAAA